AUUUUGCACCAUAACAAAACCAUGCGCUACCUGGGCUUCAUGUAAUAUAAACAAAAUUAAUUCCUCUAUUACAAUACCUUCCAGUCAACUAAUUUAUUCUUAGCUCAAUUGAUUAAAAAAUUAAUAAAAUGAAAAAAUCAGCUCUUAAUGAGAAAUUAUGCCAAGGAAAAGAUGUUUUUGAAAGAAUGAAUUAUCUACAUCAAGCUAGUUUACUAGUAUCAUCCAAAAAUACUGCUUUAGCUUCUUAUUAUGGUUCAGUAAUGAUAAGUUGUGCUAAAAAAGCAGUACUACGAGUAGAACAUCAUCUGAAGCGAUCUAUAUGUAAAACAUGUCAAUCUCCUCUUACACCUGGAGAGACAGCUAAAGUACGUUUAUUAUCAAAGAAGAAAAAAAUCAUCAAAACUACUUGUUCCAUAUGCAAUAGGUCAAAAAGAAUACCAAUAAAUAAAAAACACAAUUUAUGGUGGGAUCAGCCUGAAGCAAUUGUAGAAACAUUUGAUUAUAGUUUGAAAUCAAAAAUCAAUUAUAGUGAUAUAAAUAAAACUAUUCCAAAUGGAGUUAAAAAAGAAAAUACUCAACCAGUUGAUUCGAGCAAUGUGCAAAAUGUUGAUAAGAAAACGGAUUAUUUAAAAAUGGAUAUUAGCUAGUAUUUUUUAAUUUGUAAUUAUAUGAUCUUUAUUCUAUUUGUAUAUAUUCCAUUUACACUAUUACAAAAACGUCAAUAAAAAAUUCAUCUGAUUCGUUUAACGUAAUAAACAUUUCAC